CCUUUGCAGACCCGGGAAGUAGACCUCGCUCAGCUUGCUACCGGAUCCCCCUGGUUGCAGUCCUGGUAGCCGGAAACCAUGGACAUUGAAGCGUACUUUGAAAGAAUUGGUUAUCAAAACUCCAGGAACAACCUGGACUUGGAAGCAGUAACCGAAAUCCUUCAGCACCAGAUACGGGCUAUUCCCUUUGAGAACUUGAACAUCCAUUGUGGGGAACCCAUGGAGCUGAGUUUAGAAGCUGUCUUUGAUCAGAUUGUGAGGAAGAAGCGGGGUGGGUGGUGUCUCCAGGUUAAUCAUCUACUGUACUGGGCUCUAUCCAAAAUGGGCUUUGAAACCACAAUGUUGGGAGGAUAUGUCUUUAACGUUCCAGCCAAUAAGUACAGCAGUGGCAUGAUUCAUGUUCUAGUACAGGUGACCAUCAGUGGAAAGGGCUACAUUGUUGAUGCUGGGUUUGGACGUUCCUACCAGAUGUGGGAACCUCUGGAAUUGACAUCUGGGAAGGAUCAGCCCCAGGUGCCUGCCAUCUUCCGUUUGACAGAGGAGAAUGGAACCUGGUACUUGGACCAGAUCAGAAGAGAGCAGUAUGUUCCAAACGAAGAAUUUGUUAACUCAGACCUUCUUGAGAAGAACAAAUAUCGGAAAAUCUAUUCCUUUACUCUUGAGCCCCGAACUAUUGAGGAUUUUGAGUCCAUGAAUACCUACCUUCAGACAUCACCUGCGUCUGUGUUUACAAGCAAAUCAUUUUGUUCCUUACAGACCCCAGAAGGGGUUCAUUGUUUGGUUGGCUCUACUCUCACUUAUACGAGGUUUAGUUUUAAGGACAAUGUAGAUCUUGUAGAGUUUAAGAGUCUGACUGACAAAGAAAUAGAAGAUGUACUGAAAACUAUAUUUGGGGUUUCUUUAGAGAGAAAGCUUGUGCCUAAACACGGUGAUCGAUUUUUUACCAUUUAGAAUAUGCAAAGUUUUGGUGUCCUUCCAUGUACUUGGAAUUUUUAUGAUAAAAUAUUCAAACUGGUGACGUGUACAAACUGGUGAUCAUGUUGAUUUGUGCUAGGAAAUACCCAGCACUGGUUUACAGCUAAAUUUAUAUAGAAUUUGUGCUGAUUGCUAAGCAAAAGGAAUCGUGUGAAAAUCAUUCCCAUUAAAUGCAACCAGCACGUAUCCCAUAUCAAAUUUUUAUGAGGUAUUACCUGUACAAUUUAGGAUUUGAAUUCAGCAAAGAAGAAUGAGAAGUAAUGUUGAUUCCCAAUAACUAUAUAGUCUUCAAUAUAUGACUUACACCAAUGGAUAUGUGAUUAGGGCCCAAGAGAACCAGUCACACAGCUGAUUAUUUCUUUCUGGGCUUUUUUUUCAAGCUAUGAAUUGCUUUAAUGGUGGUGUCUAUAAAAGUGAUGUCAGGACACAGGACAGCAGAUGCACAGUGGACAUGGCUAUCAGACAGGCUGUGAAUGAAUAAAGAGUUCACACUGCUCCCAUGCUUGCCUCGGUGAACUCCAUCUCAUCCAUGCCCUCACCCGUGUACCAGUGUAGGAAGGCCUUGUGUGAGAACAUGGCUGUGAACUGCUCUGAGAUGCGUUUCAACAGCUCCUGAAUAGUGGCGCUGUUGCCGAUGAAGGUGGAGGACAUUGUUAGGCCCUGAGGUGGAAUGGCCCAGACAGCUGUUUUCACAAUGUUGGGGAUCCACUCAACAAAAUAGCUGCUGUUCUUGUUUUGGACGUUAAGCCUCUGUUUAUCUACCUCCUUCAUAGACAUGCGGCCCCUGAACACAGCAGCCACAGUCAAGUAGCAGCCAUGGCGGGGAUCACAGGCAGCCAUCAAGUUCUUGGUAUCAAACAUCUGCUGGGUGAGCUCAGGAACUAUCAGGGCACUGCUGGCUUCCCACGCUUGUCAAGGGGGCAAAGCCAGGCAUGAAGAAGUGCAGGCGAGCGAAGGGCACCGUAUUUACAGCCAGUUUCCGCAGGUCAGCAUUUAGCUGGCCAGGGAAUCGCAGACAAGUGGUGACCCCACUCACGGUGGAGGACACUAGAUGGUUCAGAUCACUGUGUUUUCAACCAGCUGGUGCACUGAAAGGGUGGCACUGCAGCGCUGCCCAGCCUGCAGGUGCAAGAUCUCCCUCAUGGUGGCAGCGACAGCUGAGUGGCAGUAGAGGGGAACCCCUAGAGAGGCGCAGGCGCACAGAGUGCCACUGUGUUGUUUUGUUAUAUCAACUUCUUUUUAUACUGUUUUUUCUUACUGUGGGAACAAACACCAAUUUAGAAACUUGAGCUUCUUGAUUUAAAAAAAAAUGUAUGUCUAAAAUAAUUAAAUGAUGAAAUACAUAUCUACAACUUAUUUUCAAAGAGGUAGGUUAAAACAUGAUGAUAUCGUGUGAAUGAAAGGAGCUGUUAGGAUGUAAUGGGGUUCCUGUCUUCUGCAAGGGAGUCUUAUGUUUAUUUUACUUCUCUGUCAUGCUGAUUGACGUCACUGCUGACUUUGCUAGAUUUAUAACGACAUAGAAGACUCAUUUCUAGGCAUUCCUGUGAAUAGUUUUUGAGACGUUCAACUGAAGUGGAAAGACCCAACUGAUGAAGGAAUGUGGGUGGCACCAUGCCCCCACAUUUAGGUCCUGGACUGAAUAAAAGGGGAAAAAAGGGAAAA